AUGUUUAUAUGUUUAAUAAUAAUUUUAUUAACCUUAAAUUCUGUUAUAGGAUUUGGUUGUUAUAGUUGUGUCUCUGACUCAAAAUAUCUUGAAACUUCAUUGAGAAGAAUAUUAGGUUCACAAAGGGAUACUUUUUAUUGGCCAAUUGAUGGAAAAUCUCAAAUGUGCCAUAAUGAAAUUCCACAUUUUUCAAGAAAUCAUAUUAUGACUACUGAUAUAAGUGGUCAAUUAUGUUCAGGAAGAGAUGCAUGUAUUACAUUAUCACCAAAUUUAGAUCUCAAUUUUACCAUUCGUGGUUGUGUUAAACAAAUUCUUCGUUAUGAAUUAGGUGAAGAAGAUGCUUUAAAAAAAGAUGGUUGUUACUUAAUACGUUCAAAACCAUUAUUUCCCGGUGAACCAGCAAUAUCUUAUGUUGGAUGUAUAUGUUCAAAGGCGUAUUGUAAUCAUGAGGCUCAACAGAGUAUUGUAGAUGAAAGAAUGAUUAAUGAUACAAAAUUAAUCUAUGAACUUCUUCCAAUAUUACCAAGGUCAAUUGGUGACGGGACUUCAGAUAGUAGGCAGUAUAGUGUUCCAUCUGGAGGGUAUCCAUAUGGGAAUUCAAGAAAAUUAAUUGUAAAAACAGAAAAACAAAAACAGGAGCGAAGACAGAUGGAAAGUAAUAAAAAAGUUGGAAAUUUAUUGAAAAGUAAUGAGAAUAAUAUUUCAAGACAAAAUGACGAAUGUGAGAUAGAAAAAUUUAGAAAUGUGAUGCUUCAAAAGAUAAAUGAAUAUCGAAAACGUCACCAAGCUGAACCAUUAAUUUUAGAUGCUGAAAUUAACAAAUAUGCUCAGGAAUGGGCAGAAAAACUUGUAAGAAAAAAUGGAUUAGCACAUAGGCCAAACAAUUUGUAUGGUGAAAAUAUAGCAAUGAUCGGUGGUCCAGAAUUACUUCAUUCAAUUGAUUUAUGGUAUAAUGAAGUUGAGCAAUAUGAUUAUAAUUCAAGUGAUACAAAUUUUAAAACGCUUCAUUUUACUCAGUUAGUUUGGAAAUCUACAAAAAAAAUUGGAAUAGGUAUUGGUAAAGAUCCAGCCUCAUCUAAACAUAUAAUAGUUGCUAAUUUUGAUCCAAAAGGUAACAUUCUUCGGAAGUUCAAAGAAAAUGUUCUUCCAUCAAUUAAUUAA